AUGAGCAGUAGUACCAAUUCUGUAUCCGCUGGUGUAUCCUUAAGUUCAGGACGUCAGCAUGCUUUGAAAUCCCUACUUCACAGGCAACCAUCAGCUGGAACAGGAUGCUCUGGUGGUACAUUAUCAACAGAAACCGGACCUGCUCAAUCUGCUUCACAGUCCGUUCGAUCAGCUCCUUUAUGUGCUAGUCAAAUGAGUAGGUCAAAGUGGAUGAAACAAAUGACAAUAAGUAGAAAUACAAAUUCACAAUACUUUACUCUACCGCCACCAUCCUUGGUAAUAAGUGAUCCAGAGGAAGAAAUGCAUAAUAAACGACUUCAACUAUAUGUUCUGGCUAUUCGAUGUAUUGCCUAUCCGCUACUUACGGUUAAUACCAUUGGACAAAAUAGGCGAUAUCUUAGAGUUACCAAAGACUAUUUGAAUACACUUAAGGAACGAUUUCAGCUGUAUUUACGAGGUGAACUACCUAUCAAUAGUGAUGAAACAUUUCAUACUGCUGUCAGUGAAUUCUAUGAAGCUGUUCUAAAAAGUGAUCGUAUUUCAAAUAUGGUAAAAUCAGGAAGCUGUUCUAUGUACGAUAUUCGAGAGAUAUUUAUUACAAAUAUUGAAAAGCAAUUUCAGGGUGUUCAACCUAUUGAAGGUUUAUCCAAAGAAAGUGUUCUAAGUUCAUGGAAGAUAAAAUUUGAUCAAAUAUGUCGUGGUGGUGAAGGGCCGUGUCCAGAAGCAAUGAAAUUAGCUGUACCUCAACCGGAACCUGUAGCAUUAUCCAAUGAACAACUAUAUGAGUUAUUAAUGCGUACACUGUCAGUUGAAAAAUAUGAACAUCAAGUAUUAUAUAAUGCAUGUCAACUGGAUAAUGUUGAUGAACAAGCUUCUCAGAUCAAACGUGAGCUAUCAGAACGCUUGGUACAGAUUGACAAAAUGUUGAAAGAACGUUCAUUUCCUAAAAUGGUGCAUAAAGAAAUGGAGAUGCAGUACAUUGAAGAAGAAAAACUCAGAGUGAACGGAUUAAUGCGACGCUUGGAUUCAAUCCCUGUAAUUAAAACAUAUUCAACUGGAGUGAAUCCAGUUCACAGACGAUUGAGAAAGCAUCCUAUUCGAAAUAUUUUGGCAAACUGGCAUGGCAGUGAUACACGAUGUAACAGACCUGAUCAUGAUACUGCUUUUACAUCUGAUCUAUGGUCCAGACAGUUGGAAUUAGGUUCAUCAAGAUCAUCCUUAUCACUGACAGAUGAUAUUCAUUCACUUAAUGAAAGUAUAUUAUCCUCGUCAAUGUUGCCUAAUCAUGAGAUUUCAAGGGAAGCUUUACAAGUUUGUUCAACAAUUGAGAUACUCAUUCAUCAAGUGAGAAAUAUUCAUAAUAUGUCUAGUACAAAAAAAUUGUAUUGUACUGUAGAAGUGGAUGGUAUACCGGAUCGAAAAAGAACUGAAUCAGUUGAAGUCAAUAAACCAGUGUGGGAUACCACUGCAGAAUUUCAAACAUCUCAGCCACUCCCAGUCGUUAAAGUGAAAGUUUUCAAAGAAUGCUCAGGACCGUUGACACUCGAUGAUAAAGAACUUGGCCGAGUUACUUUUAAUAUGACUUGGUCUAAUCCACGUUCCCCUCUUUGGUAUAAACUCCAAACUACCAAACAUUGUCAUGACCCAUUGGAAUUACAAAUUUCGGCGUCUAUGCAACGUCCAGCUAAUUGUAAAUAUGGUAAUUAUUGUUGGGUUCAGGGGCGUUCAACAUUUAAAAAGUGGAAACGGCGUUAUAUAUGUAUCAUACAAAUAUCACAGUAUACCUCAGUACUGGCAACCUAUGCUGAACAAAAGCUUCAGCCUUCAGAGUUAAUUAUACUGGAUGGAUUUACUGUAGAUUACUGUGAACCAAGAACAGAUUUAAUAAAUAUGGCUGCAUUUGGACGAAAUGGUAAACCUGAACACCAUUCAUCGACUUCAUCCCUUACAUCACUAUCACGACUAAAAUUUAGUACUCUAGCUCGUAUAACAAGUCAACGAAAUGUUGGAAGUGGCCCAAUCGGUUCACCAGAAUGUGAUUACACACCAAGAUUUUUCUUUAAACUUGUUCGAGAAGGUGACACCUUGAUUGUUGCCUCAUCUUCUGAAGUCGAUCGUCAUAAUUGGAUGCAAGCACUUUAUCGAGCUACUGGUCAGACACACAAACCCACACCACCAGGAGCAUCGAGUAGUACAGUAAUCAAAACUGACCAAGUAGGUACUGUUGAAGUAGAAACUUGUCAAACGAAAAAGAUUGAAGAGUUUGCUACUACACCUGUUCAUACACUUGAUCAUUUAGAAUAUUUUUCUCUUCUACAGUCUUUGAGUUUAGACUAUCGUCUAACGGAUCCAUUUGUGUCACUUGGAUGCUUAAGUCCAAUUCAACGUCAUUUAUUAGAUGAAUAUUGUACACGUUACGGUAUACGUGAAUGUCAGCGUCAUUUGGCAAUGUUAAUAAAUUUAUUGAAUAAAAUUGAAAAUGGUAUGAGUAUAGAUCCUGAUUUAAUUCAUAUCAGUUACUCGUUAUGUGCUAACCAUGUUAGUGGGAAAGCUCAGCAUGAUCAAGCUGUACAUACAGUUUUAGCUGUGGAACGUGAUCAAUUUCAAGCUAUCAAAGCACGAUUAACAACCUUAUUAGAAAAGCAAAUUACUGAAUUCCGCUAUUGUUUCCCAUUUGGUCGUCCCGAAGGUGCUUUAGAAAAGACAAUAAGUCUUUUGGAAAGAGUGUUGACUAAAGAAACCGGUGAACCUGCAUCUGCUGAACUUAUUCGAAAUGCAAUUCGUGAUUGUUUAAGAAAUGCAGCAGUUUUAAACUAUGAACGAAUUUCGGAAUAUGUUAUGAUUGAAUUUGUUACUGGUCCACGAGUUAAAAAUGGGAAAAAGGAAAGUAGAAAAAUUUGUGAAAUGUUUCAUUUGGCUGAACUUUGUAUUGAAGUUCUUAAGCAGAAUGAACAACACCAUGCUGAGUCUUUCUCGUGGUUUAAUGAUCUUUUCGUUGAGCAUACAGAAAAUUUUUGGUAUCUUUUUCAAAUGGAUCUCUUUGAAUUAUUGGAUAGAUUACCAGAAGAUUGUUGGGAAGUUUUUGAUUUAUUUCAAUUGCUGAAUAAUUAUCUUUUAAGUCAUUCUAAUUUAUCCAAUGGCCGAUUUCAUCAGGAAUUAGCGAAUCGUUUUACACCUCUAGUUGACCGUUAUAUUGGAUUGAUGGCGGAUUCGAUAGAACAAGCUUUGAUAGAGGGAUGUAAAAAUGAACGGUGGAUUCCGGGAUCCAAAUUGAACAGGAAUGAAGGAACAAAAGAUUUUCAAAUUGAUGGUAUGUCACAAAUUCAACCAAAAGCUGAGUCUUCAUCACGUCCCCGUCUCUCUUUCGCUUUAUAUCAUAAAGAAGAUGCUGGAAACUUGAAUGAAACAGGAUCUUUGAAUGCACCGCUUCCUAAUCAGCCAGAAGUUAAGUGGAAUUCAUCUCUUUGUACAAGCAAAAGUACACAGAUUAAGGAGAAAUUAGAGGUACCAUCAAUGAGCACAGAAUUGUUUCAAUAUUCAUCAGGUAGUUUUAAUAUGGCAGGGAGUCAAACUUGUCAAACUGUGAUGGACUUGUUGUGGAGAUUGUAUAAACUGAAGAAGUUCGUUCAAGAACUAAAUUGGCCUCAACCUGGCAUGGCAGAAGCACUUGAUGAAAGAGUACGAGUUCUUUGCGCACAAAUGCUUCGUGAGGCUGUUAAGCGUACUCUAAUUGAACUUGAAUCAAUGGUUCGAAAAUGUGCCAAAACUGUAGACUUAACGCUACCAUUAGAAUGUUAUACAAUGUUGAAUACAAUUAGUGAAUUAAGAACUCAUCUCUUUUUAUUAUGCCAACCAAUGGAACAGGGAAUUUCAUCAACUGGUAACAAUAGUAAUACAUGGUCUUAUCGUUCACCAACCAGAAAUGCGAGUCAGUUACAUAUGGAGACCCAAGAAUUCUUUGAAAGUGUACAAAGAAACAUGAUGAUUAUCAUUAUUGACCAAUUUAUGACUAUUUUAAAUGGUGUUUUAAAGAAGUUGAGUAGAUUUGAUGAACAUAAGCUGUUGUCUUCAAUUCUUAUUCUAACAAAACCUAAUGAUGAAGAAGGUCAAGCCUAUGCAUCUUUCUUCAUACAAACUUGCAGAGUUUAA